AUGGACCCCGUGCCGUCUCCAAACGAAAUGCUGCGGCGACCUGCAGACGAUGGGCCUCCUCAAAAGGCCAGUCCUCCCCCGAGGCAGGGCCAGGAGGAGGCACCGGGCGACUUUGCUGACUUGGACCCUACCACCGGCCUCCUCGCCAAGAUCGUCAUGUAUUCAGCACCUGUCAUCGUCGCGGCUGCCGCCGCUGUCUUGCUGGGCCAGUCCGGCAGCAGCGUGCAUGCUCAGAACCUGCCACCCAACAGCCAGAUUAUCAACCAAAAGGAGUUCAAUGCCUUGCCGUCUGUCCCUCCUGUGACGGUGUUCAAUGCCACCGGGAUGUUCAUCCCGCCUGGUCAGACCGCAGAGUCUAUGCUAGCCAAACCUUUCCAUGUUUAUGACAAUGAGUUUAUCAACCUGCUGGGUACCAAUCCCACAUUGACUCUUUUGGGAGAGACCGAGUCCGAUCCUCUAUUCCACGAGGCUGUCGUCUGGCACCCUCCCACGGAUGAGGUUUUCUUUGUUCAGAAUGCAGGCGCUAAAGCUGCCGGUACGGGAAUCAGCAAGUCGGCCAUCAUCCAAAAGAUUUCCCUGUCAGAGGCAGACCUCGUGUCCAACUUGACCAAUGCCGUGGGCAUGGUCAAGAUCUCCACUGUCGAUAGCAACCCGCAAAUCAUCAACCCGAAUGGAGCCACCAACUACCGUGGACAGUUUGUGUUUUGCGGCGAGGGUCAGGGUGCCGACAUCACCUCGACUCUGUACCUGAUGAACCCCAAGGCCCCGUACAACACUACUGUUCUCGUCAACAACUUCUUUGGUCGUCAAUUCAACUCGCUCAAUGACGCUGCCGUUCACCCCAACAACAAGGACCUAUACUUUACCGAUGUGCUAUACGGCUACUACCAAGACUUCCGCCCUGCUCCUGGAAUGCGCAACCAGGUCUACCGCUAUAACGACGUGACCGGUGCUCUCACCGUUGUCGCGGACGGUUUCGAUAGUCCCAACGGAGUGACGUUUUCUCCCGAUGGAAGGUUCGCCUACGUCACCGACAGUGGGAUCAACCAUGGAUUCUUUGGCUACAACUUUUCGGCCCCCGCUUCCAUUUACCGGUUUGACGUCAAGGAGGAUGGCACGUGGGAGAACCGCAAGACUUUUGCCUAUGUCAACAGUGGAGUUCCCGAUGGUGUUCACUGUGACGCCCAAGGUUAUGUAUACGCCGGAUGCGGUGAUGGCAUCAACGUCUGGAACCCCUCUGGAAAGCUCAUUGGCAAGAUCCACAUCGGUGGCGGGGCUGCAAACUUCGCCUUUGCUGGCAAGAGGCUUGUCAUCAUGGGCGAGACAAAGCUGUGGUACGCCACGAUGGGCGUCCUAGGAGCCACUGUAACGACUGAGAUGUGA